AUUUCAGAAAAUCAAUAUAUCGAUUGACCUGAACUAUGUUGCUGCUGUUAGUACUUCCUAUUUUGGUCAACGCCGAUACCAAGACACUUGCUUUGAUAGAAUCGUUCAAUUUGAAGACUACAGGCGAUCCUGGCAUUACCUGCCCAGCUGUUCAGCAAGUUUACAUUGAAUCCGGUACCGCACCAUUUCUGUGUACGGGUGACAUCAAAGAUGCUGCCAAAGGAAUGUCGAUAGGCAUACAGGCGAAACCCCUUACUAGGGAAGGGACCGCCGCAAUCACAUGGCUUAUCGUAACCGCAGUUGGAAACUUAACUUCUACAAUGGAAGUUAAUGAUCACAUGGAGGAACAGCAAUCAGCGACAAUGCAGAUUGAUUUCACUCCCACAGCUCAACCUGUUACAACUUCCAUUCCACCAAAUUCUACUAAAGUUACUACUGCACAUCCACCUACUACUGUAGCACAUUUAACAACGGUAGCAACUACUGAAGCACAUCAGACAACGGUACAGACCAACGAAGCAGCGGGUCCUCCCGCGAAAUUAGAAGCCACACCAAGCAAAGUGACUGUCACCGUUAACUACAUACAAUUCCAAACCGGAGUAGUACAGGAAGUCAACAAAAACACCGCUGCAGUCGUUUUCGCUGUGUUGGAGGGCCUCAUUCUUGGAGCGAUAUUGAUUGUCUUCAUUAUGCGACGACGUGCUCAAGCACAACUAAGAGCAGCCAUGUAUCCAAAUCCACCAGACUAUCAGUCAAACACCAACACCAACACAGCACAAUAUGGCAACGGAAUGGGUUAUCAAAAUUCUCAAAUUCCUUCGUAUCGAAAUGCAGAUCCUCCAAUGAGAUUGGACAGUUUACCUCCGCGAACACAACAACCAACAGCUUCACCUACGCUGAUGCCGGUCACGACACCUCCUGCCGCAAGUCACAUCACACCAGCUCCUUUGAAUUACUGGCCCGAUGAACCCGGACAAGGACAACCAGUAAAAAAUAUCAUGGACAGUGAUAUGUGAAAAGCUCCUUCAUCGACGACCCAAACACCAAAUACCAGAAUUGUCCUCGUUUUGUAGGUAACUUUUAUCUCCGAAUUGUGCCCUGUCAUGAGUCCGGUAAAAAAGUCAUUGCAUUUGCACAAGGAAAUUUUUCGCUUCUUUCUACCUCCAUACUGGUUGUGAGAAUAUUGCAUAACGAUAUUAUGGAGCUGUAGCACGAAUUGUGGCUUCUUCAACAAUUGUUCUUGUAGCUUUUUAGUUCUUUAGAGUCCAUUUUUCAUUUUGCAUAGAUUCUGUCGUGUCAUGUAUAAAUUUCUUCCCGCCUAUUUGUUGUUAUUUGGUUCAGAUGAAAUUCGCAAGGUGAAUUUGGAGUAUUUGUAAAGAACUUACCGUUUCAGCU